CCGAACAAGCUCUCGUGCUGUCUCUUUUCUGCUCUGAAGUUUAAUGUUUAACUGGUUGGAGGGAGGAGACAAGAAGAAAUCAGUGUAUGCUCUCAGGGAAAAACUAAGAGCAUGGCCUACGCAACUGAAUAAAUCCACUUUCUGGAUCAAGAAUCCUAUGGAUGACCGAUGGAACAAAACACAGACCUCAGGACAGGAGUGUGUAGUCCUGCCUCUUUGACGGUUACACAAAUGUGUGUGCAUCGGAUAAGCUGAAAUAAGAAGGAAUGUGUCUGGUAUGGCUAAUGGGAUCCUAAUCUAAUGUGAUAGAAAACAAAUGGUUUAUCUGGACAAACAAAAGGUCGACGGUGGGACAUUUCUUGUGUUACAUCAACUGGGUUCAUCUACUUUCAGAAUCAAUCACAGUUUUGGAUGUGGAAUUCAGACAUAUUAUUGUAUCUGGGAAAAAGAAAUCUCUCCCUGGUGGUUUUAGAUUUCCUCUUGGUUCUAUUACCCUGCUGAACUGAUAAGCUUGGGAAUAAAAAUCAAUAUCUGGAAAUUGAAACUAACACACAUCAGUUACCAUGAAUGAUGCCGCUGUUGUCGAUGAGAAAGACUGGAACGAACUGGAGCCCACCCUUGCUAUUAAAGUGACUCUCACUGUCUUCUACAGCAUAAUCCUGCUCACCGGCAUUGUGGGUAAUGGAAUCACCAUCCGGGUGACGCAGGUUCUGCAGCGGAAUGGCUACCUGCAGAAGAAUGUGACGGACCACAUGGUGAGCCUAGCAUGCUCUGACCUUUUGGUCCUCCUCAUUGGCAUGCCCGUGGAGCUCUACAGCGCCACAUGGUUCCCCUUCACCUCCGCCUCAGGCGACGCUUCCUGCAAGAUCUACAACUUUCUGUUUGAGGCCUGCAGUUAUGCCACCAUCUUGAACGUGGCCACGCUGAGCUUCGAACGCUACAUGGCCAUUUGCCACCCAUUCCGCUUCAAGGCCCUGGGUAAAGAGCAUACAGCGGGCCUCAUCACCCUCGCCUGGGUUACUUCCGUGAUUAUAGCCCUCCCGCUGCUGUUCGCCACGGGAAUGGAGGGCCACGUCCCAGAGCGGGCCAGUGGGCCAGUCCAGAACCUAACAUUUUGCACCAACCUGAAGGAGCGAUGGACAAUGUACAGGGUCAGCAUCUUCUUGGCGUUCAUUUUGUACAUGGUGGUGCUGGUUGGCGUGGGGAUUAUGUGCUGGGCCAUGAUCCUUGUCCUUAAGCAAACCAUGGGGGCAGCAGAAGGGGCGAACAACACCGAGGGUACGCCAAGACACGAGAGUCCCAAGGUGAAAGCCGCCAAGAAACAGACCAUUAUUUUUCUAGGUUUAAUUGUGGGAUCACUCACAGUAUUCUGGAUGCCCAACCAAGUGCAUCGCCUGAUGACCGCCCUCGUACCAAAGUCCAACUGGACCACUGGCUACUUCCGCAGCUAUGUGGUGCUGGACCCUGUGGCGGACGCCUUCUUCUACCUCAGUGCUGUGCUCAACCCUUUUCUGUACAACCUCUCCUCCCAACAGUUUCGACAGGUCUUUGUCCAAGUGCUGCACUGCCACCUCACCAUUGAACACGUCAACAAACAAAUAUCGAAGAGCUCCGACCUUAAAAAAAAAGAUUGCUGUCAGAGUACAGUAUAACUGUAGCAUUCUGCAAAUAUAGGGUCUAAAACACUUUUACUGCAUAGAUGCAGUUUUUCUAGAACUGACAGUCAUUUGCUUUUGUUUGCUAUUCCUGGAUGGAAGACUGGACUGAGAGAGCUGUUAGGAAUAUUCUGCGAGCAUACGUGUUCAACAGAAUGCUAGGGAUCACUUUGAAAUCACUUUGUACAGGCUCAGAUACAGCCCUAUAAACUAUAGGUUUAUAAACACCUAACUAGUUGGUUUCGUCUGACCUGGAAAAGGCAUAAACUAUGCAGAAAGGAACUUCAGACCCAGGUAAUCCCGGGCAAAAACAGCUUCCAACAACUCCAGAACCAAGUCAUGCUAAAGCACCCAGCCAAUGGUCCAAGUAUAGCAAUUCUGAUUUGCUCACAAGAAACGGGGGCAGGGUGUUUUAAAUAAGUCUGGAUGAGAGCUUUGAUCGGCCAUAAAGAUUGAUUAAAUCCU